AUCUAAGUUUGGGCCCUUUGCAACAAUACAAAACCCAGCCCAAACUCCCCCCCGUCACUAAACAAACCUCUUUCACCCUUUACCAAUUCGUCUUUUAUUUGUAGCUAUCGCAACAACACAACAAAACAGAAAAACAAAACCCUAAUACGAAAAACAUUGUGUGUUUCUUUCUCUGUCUUAGCGGCUUAUCGGAAAAACAUCAUCAUCAUCAAUGGCUGUCGAAGCAGCGAAUCAACCAAAAAUCCGAUGGGGUGAGCUGGAAGACGAUGCAGAAGACUUAGAUUUCCUCUUACCACCGAAGCAAGUAAUUGGUCCAGACCAAAAUGGGGUGAAGAAAGUGGUAGAAUACAAGUUUAAUGAAGAAGGUAAUAAGGUGAAGAUUACAACUACAACACGAAUACGCAAGCUUGCUAAUGCUAGGCUUAGUAAAGGUGCUGUUGAGAGGCGUUCGUGGCCGAAAUUCGGUGAUGCUGUUCAUGAGGAUGUUGGUGCUCGCCUUACUAUGGUUUCUACUGAGGAGAUAUUGCUUGAGAGGCCUAGAGCUCUAGGUUCGAAGCAAGAUGAAGCUAAAGCUAGUGGGGACUCUUUGGCUCAAAUUGGGAAAGCAGGGGCUGUUCUUAUGGUGUGUAGGACCUGUGGCAAGAAGGGUGAUCACUGGACAUCAAAAUGUCCCUUCAAGGAUCUUGCUCCGCCAAGUGAGACCUUUGUGGAUAGGCCACCAUCAAGGGAGGCACCUGCUGCUGGGGCUGGUUCUCAAAAGAGUGCUUAUGUUCCUCCAAGCAUGAGAGGUGGUGCUGCAGAGAGAGGAAGUGGUAGUGGAACUGAUAUGAGAAGAAGGAAUGAAGAGAACUCUGUCAGGGUCACCAACCUGUCUGAGGACACUCGGGAGGCUGAUUUGUUGGAGCUGUUCCGCCCCUUUGGUCAUGUCAGCCGAGUGUACGUUGCCAUUGAUCAAAAGACAGGAAUGAGCAGAGGUUUCGGUUUUGUCAACUUUGUCAACAGAGAAGAUGCUGAGAGGGCCAUAAACAAGCUCAAUGGUUAUGGUUAUGACAAUCUCAUCCUUAGAGUUGAGUGGGCUGCUCCAAGAGCUACUUAGUGUGUGCUUUCCCUGACUAAUACCGUGUUAUUUAAACCAAAAUAUCUUCCUUUUGUUUUGUGGCUGUGGCCUUGCAUUCUCUUGACACUGUUUUUAUUUGAAGUUAUUGAUGAAGAAUAUUGUCUAUGAAGAAGUUUUGGAACA